CACUGACAAAUGAGCCACAAUACGCUGUGGCUGAUCAGACCAGCCCUUGCCUUCCAUCCUGCAUGAUAUCUGCUCGACCGCUCUCGCUCCCAAAUCGAAUCCUAUCCGUACAUCCUAAAACUCUACAUCGGGCUGGGAGAACCCGUGGCAUCUCUGUCUCUCCAGUUCAGUAUGAUGAAGCCGACCAUCGUGCGAGUAGCAAGUUGCUCGAGGAUGCAGCUCGCGAGGAGGCAGAGGAGGCGAGGAGGCCCAUGCGGCCGAGCAGGGCUCAGAUUCUAGAGGACCAGAACCAGAACUGGACUGGCGACGAGUCGGUACAGGAUGCUGUCCUCCGGAUGCUGGUGGACAAAUACAAGCCUCUGCGCAGCGGGCCUAUCCGGACGGCAGAAGAGAAGCUGAGGGCAGCACCGCCCAAGGUAUCUACUCCGGAGGUAUCUACUCCGGAGUCGGGUUAUCAUCCCUUAGGAGAAAGCCCGUCGACUCUUGUGAGCUCCUCUGCGACAGAUACGACGAGUACCGAAGGGGUCUCUACGCAGUCUACGCCUCGCAAGUAUGACCCUGGCGAGCCUAUCCUACCUGGGAUUCCGGGUCAUCAGCCAUGGCAGACUACAUUCAAAGUUCCCUCGCAUGCUACUUCGCACGUUCACUAUGGACAGAUACCCCGACAGCCCUCCCGUAAGGCCGCCCCACCUCCUUUGGACGAGAAAGAGAAGAGGAAGCAAAGGGAGAUGCGACGGCGGACGGAGCAUGCCGGUCGAUUGUCGAGGGCGAGAGAGUCCACGCUCGAUUACCGCCUUGGGAUACGAAGCGGCCCUGGGGCGCAUAGGCCAAACCCUACGACGCUGAAGGGAUGGACCAACCUUGUCGAGGAUAGAAUCCAGCGAGCGCGCGAGGAAGGUCUGUUCAACAGUGUCAAGGGCCGAGGCCAACCCUUGGUUUCGCCCACACAGGACAAAAACCCGUUCAUCGGGCGAGAAGAGUUUUUGAUGAACCGUAUAGUCCAGCGACAAGGCGCUGCCCCGCCGUGGGUGGAGGUACAAGGAGAGGUGGACUCCGCCAUUGCCUCCUUCCGAGAACUCAUCAAGCAGUCGUGGACUAGACGAGCGAUACGACUGCUGACAAUCUCACAAUCAGCAGCUCAGUUACCUCAGCUCACCCUUGCCGAGGUCAGUGCGUUACGAGACGCAGAGUGGGAAGCAAGAGAGCGGGCGUUCCACGACCACGCGCUGGAGGAAGUCAACGCACUAGUCCGGAAGUACAAUGGUCUGGCGCCCUAUGUGGUGCGCCGGGCAUACUACAUGCGCGACACGGAGUUAGAGAAGGCCUACCGUGACUCCGCGGAAGACAUCCUGCAAGGUCUCGCAGACAGGGUCGCGAACUCGUCCAAUCGGAAGGACUUCAUCGAUGUGGGCUUUGACGACAAUGGCAGCUCAACGGGGUCCGCUUCGGUGGCUCCUUUCGCGCCCAUGAGCUUCCGCCAGAUGUUCAGGGAGCUGUGGACAACACUGCGCGGGAGGUGAGUGUUGUGUGCAGCGUCCUCGAGGCAUAGGAAGCACCGAUGUACAGCAUUCACGUCCUGGGCCCUUUGUAGCGGUAAAUGUAGGAGAGCCAGAAUACUGUAGACGUAUAGAUGUUGUGAUACACGCACUUUCCUUGCACGCC